AUGGGCAACAACACAUAUUCUGUAUCUGAGGUGUUAGAGGUCGCAAAAAUCCAUCCUUUCUACGACCGCAAUGUGGAAUACCCGCCAAGCCCAGACACGAUCCAGAGGAUCCUCGAACGAGCUGCGGCGGAUCAUAAAGAACCAAAUCUUGAUGCUUUCCCGUUGCUUCAGAAGGAAGCUUGUAAAUAUGGAGUCAUUAAGCGUCUUACCGAUGACCUGAGUUCGCAGAAUCAUUACCGGCAUAGCGCCUACAUCAGUACUACUGGAGGAGGCUCCGGUGGUCUACCCCUGAUGUUUGCGACGGACAAUAAGGAGAACCGUACACAGAGACAGAUAUUUGGUACCAUGAUGAAGACUUGCGGCAUAGUCGAGUCCCAAGACUGGGUUCUUACGAUGCAUACUUCAGGGUAUCUUUACCGAUCCCUUGACCUCAUGAGCGAGCUACUUGAGAACGCAGGAGCUUCAGUUCUUUGUGCUGGGAGUCGCAUGACGCCUGCUGAAGUUGUUCGGGCUCUUGUGAACUACAUGCCAAUCAUCGAACGGAAGCAGAUAAUUCUCAACAAAGUGAUCUACACUUCUGAACCCCUUACCGAGGUCCAACGAACCCACAUUCUCACCAUCUUGGGUCCAGUCCAGAUCUUCUCUGUCCUAGGAAGCGCCGAAGCAGGCCCAUAUGGGCUUAGCAACCCAAAGCUCACUGGCGAACAUACUCCCCCAGGGACACGAGACUUCAUUAUCGAUACGAGGAUGGUUCACAUUGAGAUCUUGGACCCAUCCGUACUCGACAACGCUACAACCCGUAGAACGCCGAUGCCCGAGACCGAAUCCGGCAUUAUCGUAAUGACCUCACUGCAGCGCCUGCGCAACCCGUUGUUGCGCUAUAUCACAGGUGAUAUUGGAUCUCUGCAUCCCAUGCCAGAGACUGCCAUUGGCGCUAUUCCUGAUGUUGAAUGGCCGCACUUCCGUGUCCUCCGUCUAAGGGGCCGCGACCGCCGGUUCAGUUUCAAAUGGUACGGCGAGCAUUUCGAAUUUCGCAAUAUCACCAGCCUGAUGCAGACAGCGAAUUUGGGCAUCCUGCAGUGGCAGGUUAUCCUGGAUUGUCUGGACGUGGCUCCCCAGGCGACCCUGGAGGUUCGCCUGCUUCGUGCUGCGGCGAGUGAGCAUGUCAUUCCUAAACAGGAGCUGGUUGACUUGGUGGAGGGGUUCUUCUAUGUGUUCCCGGAAAACAGAUCUUUGUUUUCUAUCACGUUCUUUGAAAGUCUGGAGGGGUUUGAGAAGAGUAGCACGGGUAAUAAGGUCAUGAACUUUGUGAUCGAUUUAAUUAGUAAUUUUCUAUAG